GGCCCGGCCGCGCAUGCGCGGUGUCUCACCGCGGCGGUGUCGCGGCGAUGCGCGGGGCCGGGGUGCUGCUGGCCCUGCUGGCCCUGCUGGCCCUGCUGCCCGUCCGCGCCCCCGCGGGCACGGCCCGCCGCUCCGGCCGCAGCAGGUCUGUGAGUCAAGUGUGUGUGGAAAAGUCACUCAUUUUCAGAAGUAACACCCCCUAUCCUACAGACAUCAUUGCUGUCCCUGGUGGACACGAUCUGUUCUGUGUGCAGCUGAAUGACUCAAAGCUGAACUAUUUCCAACAGCCCCAGGAUAUCAAAGAAUCUGAUUUUAUGAAGUUCUUAGAGAAGUAUGGCAGACACUCUUUCAUAGCACCAUCACAAGUCCAGCCAUCAUUCUCUGCUUUUUACCGCGCUGGUGAUCCAAUCCUAAUCUACUUUGAUUCAUCAUCUGUACUGAGCACUCUUAGACAGCCAGUAAAAAUGGGAGCCAGUGGACUUUGUGUUGAUGGAAAUCCUGCUGGCUUCCUGGACAGUAAAAGUACAAGCUGUACUCGGAUUUUUGCCAAUUUGAGCAAGAGCUGCAUGACUGACCCUGCCCUCGACGCUGCCUCUUACUACCGGGAUUUCACUGUGCUCAAGGUCCCAGUUAGUGGCACCAUUGUGCAGUCCAUGAAGGUAAAUGUCACUGCAGUUGCACCACCUGGAGCUCCCCACAUGAGAGACAACACGUGUACCAAUGUGGUUUCUGAGGUGAUCUAUGAGAUAGAAUACAGUGGCACGAGUGGGAUUCAGAGUGUUUCUGUCCGGUUCAAAGUGAGCAACAUCUCUGGGAACCUCGGAUCCUCUCUGCAGCAGCACUUCACUUUGCACUUCUGGACCAAGACCCUCUCUCAUAUGUUGCCCAGAAGUGGAAACCCUGGCUAUAUCACUGGAGCACCAUUGCUGAUUGCAAACAGUGGUGCCAUGCAGCAUAUGAGUAUUUUACGGAGUGAAAGUGAUGGAGGUUGCUCACAGUUCCUCAGACACACGGUACAGUUUGGAAGGAACAUGAGAACAGGCUGCAACCUCAGCCUAUCCCCAUUACUGGAAGAGAGUAACUGUAGUUACAUCCAGCAGAAGUUAUACAAGGCUUUUCAGGGGAACAGAGCAGAGGACCUUGCUAUAACUGGCAGUGCUCAUUCAACCCAGACAGAAGAAUGGACGACCAUUCUGGUUCAGAACUGCAGUGUGCAGGCUGCGAAUUGCACUUCCUGUUGCUUGGUUCCUGUGAUCCUGGAGAUACAGAUAUUGUGGGCUAAAGUGGGCCUUCUGUCCAACCCACAAGCUCAAAUACUGGGUGCACGGUACUUUUACCAGUGUCAACCCCUGAAGAGGUUCUGAAAUCACCAGGUAGCUGAGGAAGAGACUAAUGCUGAUGGCAGCAGAUUUGAAGAAUUAAGGAGGAAGGCUGUAAGCCAGAAGGAGGCACUCAAGGCCAGGUUGGAUGGAGCUCUGAACAACCUGGUCUAGUUGAAGAGGUCCCUUCUCAUUGCAGGGGACUUGGACGAGGUGACCUUUACAGGUCCCUUCCAACCCAAACUAUUCUAUGGUUCUGUGAUGUCAGCAGGAGCUAACAGGGUCAUAAAGGACAAUGAAUAGUCUUUUUUAAGCAUGUUUCAGUGGAUCCCAUUUUGGUGCAUUUUUUGUUUUUGACAUCACAUAGUCUUUUGGGCAGCUCAUGUAUUUCAAGGCUUAUACUUCUCUGUAAGGCAGCUGAACAUGAGCCAGCAGUGUACCCAGGUGGCCAAGAAGGCCAAUGGCAUCCUGGCCUGGAUCAGGAACAGUGUGGCCAACAGGACCAGGGAAGUGAUUCUGCCCCUGGACUCAGCGCUGGUGAGGCCACACCUUGAGUGCUGUGUCCAGUUCUGGGCCCCUCAGUUCAGGAAGGAUAUUGAGGUGGUAGAGCAGGUCCAGAGAAGAGCAACAAGGUUGGUGAAGGGACUGGAGCACAAGUCCUGUGAGGAGGGGCUGAGGGAGCUGGGGUCGUUCAGCCUGGAGGAGGCUCAGGGGAGACCUCCUCACUCUCUACAACUCCCUGACAGGAGGGUGUAGCCACGUGGGGGUUGGUCUCUUCUCCCAGGCAGUUAUCAGCAAGACAAGAGGGCAUGGUUUUAAGCUCUGCCAGGGGAGGUUUAGGUUAGAUAUUAGGAAGAAAUUCUUUCCAGAGAGGGUAAUCAGACAUUGGAAUGGGCUGCCCAGGGAAGUGGUGGAUCCUCCAUCCCUGAAGGUUUUUAAGAUGUGACUGGAUGUGACACUUAGUGCCAUGGUCUAGUAACCACAGUGGUAGUGGAUCAAGGGUUGGACUUGAUGAUCUCAGAGGUCCCUUCCAACAUGGCUGAAAAAAAAAAAAAGAAAAAAAGAGAAAAAAAGAA